AUGGACUUAUGUGAAUGUGAUUAUAACAUAAAGCCUUCUCGUGUUAAGACUAAUUCACAGCAAAUUUACAGUCGAAUAUAUGAUCCUUAUAAAACCUCAUCUAAUCAAAAACUGUUGCUUCAAACUUCAUCAAAGAAAAGUUCUUCUUGCUUACAAUUAAAAGUAAAGGUUAUAGUUCAAGUUGAAAAUUCUACCACACUAUCUGCUAAAUGGUUUACUUUUAAUGCAGAUAAAUUUUUUAUUUUUCAUAACCAACUUGCUGAUCAUAUUAGUAAUAAGUCGUUAGAGGAUAAAGAUGAUUACGAUGCUUUUAUAAAUGAAAGCCAAAAAUUAAAAAAAUCAACUAAAAAUAUGAAGAUGAAAAUUACCGAUUUAGACACACCACCCACAUAUCCGUCAUUUGGACUAACUCAAGCUCUUAAACCUAAUACACAAAUAUUGCAAUCACGAUCACAGUCUACCACUAUAGAAGAUACAUUAGGUCCUAAUUUUGUUUCGGCUCUUCAAGAAUAUCUUGACAAUCUUACAAAUGUUUUGAAUUCGGAUAGGA